AUGAAUUCACAUAGUCUACAAAAGAUGAAAGUCCUAGUUUUGCUGAUUUCUGUAACAUUUAUCCAUGCUGAACACAGAGGACGUGAUUAUGAAAAAUCUAAAGUCUGUAAGGAAUUCGCCAAUUUGGGGAAAGACAACUUCCAAUCAUUAUCAUUUGUUCUAUACAGCAGAAAAUUUUCCAGUGGCACUUUUGAAGAGAUCAAAGCCUUAGUGGAUGAAGUUGUCUCCUUGACAGAAGAGUGUUGUGAUGUGAAUUCUGCCCCUGACUGCUAUGAUACAAGGACAACAGAAUUGUCCAGUAAGUCCUGUGAACUUGACGCUCCAUUCCCUAAACAUCCAGAUACUGACAAGUGCUGUGCCCAAGAAGGUCUGGAACGAAAACUCUGUAUGGCUGCUCUCGUGCACCCACCCAAAGAGUUCCCAACCUACAAGGAGCAAUCAAAUGAAGAAAUAUGUGAAUCCUUCAGGAAGAAUCCCAGGGACUUUGCUGAAAAGUUUUUAUAUAAAUUCUCCAGCAGUUAUGGACAAGCUCCACUCCCACUGUUAGUAAGUUACACCAAGAACUAUCUCUCUAUGGUGAGCACCUGCUGUACGUCAUCUGACAUUGCAACUUGCUUUGCUACAGAGACGUUUCAGAAUAAGUACAUAACACUACUUGCCAUAAUGUCAGAUCAAAUCUGUUCAGCAUUUGCUGUCUAUGGGAUGGAGAAAACAAGAUUCAGCUACAUUGUCAAGUUUUCCCAAAAAGCCCCAGCAGCUAAUUUAGAAGAUGUAAUACAAGUGGCUGAAAGCAUGACCAAUGUUGUCUCCAAGUGCUGUGAUUCCAUCAUUGAGGACUGCAUGUCUAAAGAGAUUACAGAAUAUACUGUAAGUGCUUGUGAGAAUUUAUCUAGCAAGGAAAAAGAGUUCAAAAAUUGUUGUGGAGAGAAAAACCCAUUGGACAUUUUCUUGUGCAUUUAUUCUAUGUCAGCUGCACAACCUAUCAAACUUCCAGAUAUUGUCAAUCCCACCAAUGAAGAAAUAUGUGACACAGAAAACACUAAUGCAAUAGAUAGAUACACAUAUGAACAAAGCAGAAGGAACCCAAACAUCCCAGAAGUGUUCUUCACAAAAGUGCACGGCUUAAGCAAGGAAGUUCUGAGCGAGUGCUGCAAAGCUGUGGAGCCACAGGCUUGUCUGAAUUCCCAGAGACCAUUAGCAAGAAGUGAAAUUACCUCAUUCUUAGCCAAAGCAGAAGAACUUUGUGGUGAUUACUCUCGACUUACUUAUACGGAGUUCAAAAAAAGGUUGGCAGAGCACUUUAAGAUGAAAUUUCCUAAAGCUAAUUCCAAAAGUAUUAAGGAGAUGGUUGACAAUCGUACUGACUUUGCAUUCAAGUGCUGUCAGAUGAAUUCACCUCCACUGUACUGUGGUCCAAGGAUUGAUGCUGAAACUAAAUUUUUUCUGGCCACAACUCACGUCUUUUGACUUCGG